AUGUUUGACCCCAACGUUUUGGAUGUCCUGGCUGUAAUCUUUGACAAUGGGUCUGGGUUAUUCAAAGCAGAUAUCGCAGGUGAUAGGUCUGUUUUUACAGCAAUUGUUGGUCACUCAAAAGUCAAAGCUACAAUGCUGGGAGCUGGACAGAAAGAACGUUACAUUGGAGAAGCAGCUCAGUCCAAAAGGGGGGCCCUGUCUUUGAAUUGUCCAAUUUACCAUGGCAUAGUUACAUGCUGGGAUGAUAUGGAAAGGAUCUGGAGACAUGUCUAUGAGUAUGAGCUGAGUAUCAAAGCCAGUGAGAGGCCAGUGCUGCUGACUGAAGCCCCCCUCCAUCCUCUGCAGAACCGGGAAAAAAUGACGGAGAUCAUGUUCAAAGGCUUCAUGGUGCCGGCUAUGUACAUUGCAGUCCAGGCAACUCUGGCGCUCUGUGCCUCGGCCCGUAUUACUGGAAUAGUCAUGGACAGCGGGGAUGGUGUUACCCACGCUGUUUACUAAGCUGUCUCCAGGCUGGAUAUUGCUGGCCAGGAUAUUGCCGAAUAUUUUAUGAAGCUUUUGGAGAGUGGACACACUUCCAUUAGCACAGCUGAAAGGGAUACUGUGAGAGAUAGCAAAGAGAAGUUGUGCUACGUAGCUUUACACCCUAUGCAAGAAAUGAAAGCAAAGCCGGAGGAAAUCAUGAAAGAAUACAGAUUGCCUGACAACAAUAUCAUCCAGCUAGGCAACCAGCUCUUCCAUGUACCAGAGACCCUUUUCGUGCCUGCAAACAUUGGAGUUGAAGCUCCUGAUGUGCACAAAAUGAUCUUCAACAGCAUUGUGAAAUGUGAUGUCAAUGUGCGCAGGAAUCUUUAUGGCAACAUCCUGCUCUCAGGUGGGUCCACGCUCUUCCCUGGCCUGCAGGAGCGGAUCCUGAAGGAGAUGAAGCUGCGAGUGCCUCCUGGCAUGUUUGUGAGGAUCAUUGCACCCCCUGAGAGAAAAUACUCUGUGUGGAUUGGGGCCUCCAUCCUCACCUGCCUGAUUUUCAAACAAAUGUGGGUCACUGUGGGCGAUUACAAGGAUUUUGGGGGAGCUGUCAUUCACCAGAAAUGCUUUUAA